GUUCGUGGAUCCGUCGCUCCGUGCGGAUCCCGCCUUCUUGCUGUCGGCGCUGAAGACGGGCCAGUGCCGUUUGGAGAUAGCUGCUUGCAACUUGCGGGACAACAAGGAGGUCGUGAUGGCGGCUGUUGAGAAUCACGGUUUGUCCUUGGCCGAUGCCUCUCCCGCGCUGCAGGCCGACAAGGAGGUGGUCCUCACUGCUGUUGGCCAGGAUUGGCGAGCCUUGCGUCAUGCCUGUCGAGCAUUGCGCGGGGACCGCGAGGUCGCACGCAGGGCAGUGGGCCAGGACCCACGCGCCCUGCUCCUCACAACUGCGCAGUUGCAGGGAGACCUCAACUUCACGAUGGCGGCCGUGGCGCAGUCGCUUGUCGAAAGGGCAGCCUCGCAUGCCAUAGGAAGCCAAGAAGACUGA